CAUCUCAAUGUUGCUUUCCCAUGAGUGAUGGACCUCUCUUCAUGCAUCUGCUACAGAGACACUUAGAUGAUUUGCUGGAUUCCAAUGCUUAUUCAAUUGCUUUGAUAAAGGAACAAAUUGGGCUGGUGAAAGAAGACCUAGAAUCAAUAAGAUCUUUUUCUGUGAAUAUUGAGCAAGAAUGGUAUAAAGAUCUUUGGGCACGUGUUUUAAAUGUGGCAUAUGAGGUAAAAGAUGUCAUUGAUUCAAUUAUUGUUCGAGAUAAUGGUCUUUUACAUCUUAUUUUCUCACUUCCCAUUACCAUAAAGAAGAUCAAGCUUAUCAAAGAAGAUAUCUCAAAUUUACAUGAGAAGAUUCCUGAGAAUAGAGGUCUCACAGUUCUGAACUCUCCCAAGAAGCCAGUUGAGAGCAAAUCAUUGACAACUGAUAAAAUAAUUGUAGGUUUUGAGGAGGAGACAAACCUGAUACUUAGAAAGCUAACCAGUGGACCGGCAGAUCUAGAUGUCAUUUCGAUCACUGGUAUGCCGGGUUCAGGUAAAACUACUUUGGCAUACAAAGUAUACAAUGAUAAAUCAGUUUCUAGCCAUUUUGACCUUUGUGCAUGGUGCACGGUUGACCAAGGAUAUGCCGAGAAGAAGUUGUUGGAUAAAAUUUAUAAUCAAGUUAGUGACUCGAAUUCAAUAUUGAGUGAGAAUAUUGAUGUUGCUGAUAAGCUACGGAAACAACUGUAUGAAAAGAGGUAUCUUAUUAUCUUAGAUGACGUGUGGGAUACUACCACAUGGGAUGAAUUAACAAGACCUUUUCGAAAAGUUGAGAAAGGAAGUAGAAUUAUUUUGACAACUCGAAAAAAGGAAGUGGCUUUGCAUGGAAAGCUCUACACUGCUCCUCUUAAUCUUCGAUUGCUAAGAUCAGAAGAAAGUUGGGAGUUAUUAGAGAAAAGGGCAUUUGACAACGAGAGUUGCCCUGAUGACCUAUUAGAUGUUGGUAAAGAAAUAGCCAAAAAUUGUAAAGGGUUUCCUUUGGUGGCUGAUCUGAUUGCUGGAGUCAUUGCUAGGAGGGAAAAGAAAAGGACUGCGUCGCUUGAAGUUCAAAAUAAUUUGAUUUCUUUUAUUUUGAACAGUGAAGUGGAAGUGAUGAAAGUUAUAAAAUUAAGUUAUGACCAUUUGCCACAUCACCUGAAGCCAUGCUUGCUUUGCCUUGCAAGUUGUCCAAAGGACACUACACAGACAAUCUCUUUGUUGAAAGCUGUAUGGCGUGCUAAAGGACUUGUGGAACAGUCAGAGAUAAAGAGUGUGAAAGAAGUGAUGGAUGUUUAUAUGGAUAACUUAAUUUCCAGUAGCUUGGUAAUUCUUUUCAAUGAGAUAGGUGAUGAACCGAGUUGCCAACUUCAUGAUCUUGUGCAUGACUUUUGUUUGAUAAAAGAAAGAGAGGAAAAGUUGUUUGAAUGGAUAAGUUCAAGUACACCAUAUUGUUUUUCAGAUUUGAUGCCACGUAUAGUGACCAUUCAUUAUAACAGCGAGUUAUUGGGGCUUAACAAUUUUGUCUUGUUUGAUUCAAAUAAGAAAAGGCAUUCUGGUAAACACAUGUAUUCUUUGACAGUAGUUUGUGACGACAGUGUUUCUGAAACAUUUCAUCUAAGACACUUGAGGCUUCUAAGAUACUUGGACCUGGAUCCCUCUUUUAUCAAGGUGAAAGAUUCUUUGCUGAAUGAAAUAUGCAUGUUGAAUCAUUUGAGGUACUUAUGCAUUGGGACAGAAGUUAAAUCUCUGCCUUUGUCUUUCUCAAACCUCUGGAAUCUAGAAAUCAUGUUGGUGCAUAAUGAAGGAUCAACCUUGGUACUAUUACCAAGAAUUUGGAAUCUUGUAAAGUUGCAAGUACUGUCCGUGAAUGAUUCUUCUUUCUUUGAUAUGGAUGGAGAUGGAUCAAUAGUGAUAGCAGAGGACACAAAGUUAGAGAACUUGAGAAUAUUAGGGAAACUACUCAUGCUUUCCUAUUCGAAAGAUACAAAGGAUAUUUUCACAAAGUUUCCCAAUCUUCAAGUGCUUGUAUUUGUUCUCAAGGAAUCAUGGGAUUAUUCAACAGAACAACAUUGGUUCCCAAAAUUGGAUUGCCUAACUGAACUAGAAAAUCUCAGUGUAGGUUUUAAAAGUUCAAACACAAACGACAAUAGGUCCUCCGUAGCGACAAAUCGGCCUGGGAUUUGCACUUCCCUUCGAAUCUGA